AUGGCAUGCGUGGUGCGCUUAAUCGAGAGACUGGGCCUAAAGGUGACCCCGCAGAAGACGCAGGCCACGCUGUUUUACACUCGGCGUGGUCCUUUGAAGCGGGGCCCACCACAGGAGGGACUCAGUCUCCGAGUAAGAGGUAUUAAAAUCCCGAUCACUCCUCACUUGAAAUACCUGGGUAUGUGGUUGGACGGCGGUAGGGGCUUCGGCGAGCACGUAGCCCCGAGAGCCGGGCAGAUAGCCAACAGUUUGGCUAGGCUGCUGCCGAACAUUGGCGGGGCCGGCGGGCACGUGCGUCGCCUCUACGUGGCGACGGUCCAUUUGGUGCUGCUUUACGCAGCACCAAUAUGGUGGGAGAAGGUGGGAAAUACUCCCCGCUUUAAUGCCAAAAUGGCGGCUGCGCAGAAAAGUAUUGCGAUUAGAGCCGCCAGAGUAUAUAGGACCGUCUCCCACAUAAGGGCGACCACCCUCGCGGGAAUUCCCCCGAUACACCUGCUGGCUAAGUCGUACGCAAAAACGUAUGAGGCGGUCAGCAGGAUUCUCGACGCUGGAUGUCUCGACGCCCCGACGCUGCCUCCGCUGCUGGAUCACCGACGAACAACGUGGGACCACCCACCAACGGAACAGCUUCUCGUCCCGGAUGGAUCUCAACUGCCGCUGACUGUCCCAGAUCCUCGUCUUAUCGCAUACUGA